CAAAUUUCCACCUAGUCAACCCACUAAAAAGUCGUCGACGAUUAGUCAGAACAACAAGAUUCCAUAAGAAUCGAACCAAUUUAGCCCUUUUCAUUCAUGAAUCAUUCUUUAAUCUCCUAAAAAUCAUGGAGUUUUUCAACAAAGCCAAAGUCGUCAGACUCCGGAGCCACCUUACCAAAUUCUUGGUCGCCGACGAAGAUGAACACACCGUCCGGCAAAGCAGAAACGGAUCUGCAAGGAAAGCACGAUGGAUGGUGGAGACGGUGGAAGGGAAAAACCAUGUUAUCCGCCUCAAAAGCUGCUCCUCCGGCAAGUACCUCACUCCCUCCAGCGAACCGUUUCUGACUGGUAUGACAGGAAAGAAGGUGGUGCAAGACAUUCAGGCGAACAAACGCGACACCUCCAUCGAAUGGGAACCGAUUAAGGAAGGCGAGUCGGUGAAGUUGAGGGCUAAUAAUGGAAAGCUCUUGCGAGGUAACGGCUCCAUGCCGCCGUGGCGAAACUCCGUCACCCAUGACCUGCCUCACCGGACGGCAACCCAGCACUGGGUGUUAUGGGAUGUGGAAGUGGUUGAUAUCGCUGUUGUAGAUUCACAAGAGUCGAUGGCAAGUAAUCUAUCGCCGGCAUCCAGCUUUUCGUCGGCGCCGGAGAUAUCGAGGGUUAGGGCGGAUAGUCGCAUGUCUGAGGUUUCUUAUAAAGGGUCGCCACGUGUAAGCUCAAGACGGAGCGGGAUGGAGUUUUUUCAUGGAGCUAAAGCAGUUAGACUAAAAGGUUUCCACAACAAAUAUCUAGUGGCGGAUGAUGACGAAGAAACUGUUCGACAAAGCCGCAACGCGUCAUCUAUCAAGGCACGUUGGACUGUCGAGUACGUUGAAAAUAACCCUAAUGUCAUUCGGUUAAAGAGUUGUGAUGGCUUGUACCUUAGUGCAACAAAUGAGGCGUUUCUGCUUGGUAUGACUGGAAAAAAGGUAAAACAUUAUUCUUUUAAAGUGCCAGAUCAUACAACAGAAUGGGAGCCGAUAAGGGAAAGUGCGCUUCACAUAAAGCUUCAAACAUACGAUGGGAAAUUCUUGAGGGCAAAUGGCGGAGCUCCACCUUGGAGGAAUUCGAUAACACAUGAUGUACCUCAUCGAACUGCGACGCAAGACUGGGUGUUGUGGGAGGUUGAUAUCGUUGACAUAUUGUUGUCAGAUACUGAUUCUGUAAUGAGUACGUUAUCGAGUUUUUCAUCAGUGGCUGACAGUUAUGUAGGAUCGCCAGAUACCGGAUCUCCGCAAAUGAAUUCGAAUUCGCCAAAAAAUAGGUUGUCAUUGGUUGUAACCUCCUCCUUCAACAAUAAACAACCAAAAUCGAAAAUGAUCUACCGACUGCAAAGAAGGAAGGAUGGUGUAUUACACGGUGGUGGAUGAUGAUGAUGAGAACGUUGAUGAUGGUCAUGAAGAAACAUUGUUUGUAUUCAAGGGAAAUGGAUUAGAGGAUUUGACUCGGAUUUUGAAAGAACAAACAGAGAUUAAUGAUAUAAUUGUGUGCUCGAGGAAUUCGUUGAAUGGGAAGCUUUUUCCACUCCGGUUAGCGUUGCCACCCAACGACACCACCAUGCACAUUGUGGUGGUUCCUACGACUUCGAAAGGUUAGAACUUUCUGAAGUUGCUUAUCUUUGUAUAACACACACUACAAAGUUCCGAACAUCCUUUUGUAUAAUCUAAUUUUGAUAAUUUA